CGCAUUCACGUCUUUGAUCAAUCAAGCCUCCAUCAGAGAACAUACGACAUACGCGUAGCAUCGCUUGGAGGAGCGGCCUACUUAAAUUCGACCCGGUGUCCCUCGACCCCACUCGACGCACUGUCAGAAUGUCCUCCGCAAAGCCUUUUACCCUUGCCGUUCCAGAUGCAGAUCUACAUCUCCUCCACCGUAAACUCGAACUUGCUCGCUUCCCUGACGAGCUUGAUGGAGCCGGCUGGGACUACGGUGUCCCGUUAGCGGAUGUCAAGCGGCUCGCCGAGCACUGGAAGGAUCGAUUCGACUGGCGCAAGUUCGAGGCCAAACUCAACAACCUCCCCAUGUUCACUCAGGACAUAGAAGUCGAGGGCUUCAGCUCCCUCAAUAUACACUUCAUUCACCAACGAAGCGAGGUUCCCAAUGCCAUUCCGCUUUUGUUCGUCCAUGGCUGGCCUGGCAGUUUUCUUGAGGUCCUCAAGCUGCUACCUCUCUUGACUGCAUCCUCUCCGGAUCAUCCCAGUUUCCACGUCGUUGCACCCAGCUUACCCGGAUUCGCCUUCUCUGAGGCUCCUCGCAAACCUGGCUUUGCCGGCUACCAGUACGCUGAAGUCUUGAAUAAGUUGAUGUCGUCACUUGGUUACCAAGAAUAUGUUUACCAAGGUGGAGAUUUUGGUCACACUCUCGGUGUGUACGCUGUGAACAAGUUUGGUCACAAGCACAUUAAAGCUUGGCAUUCGAACAUGCCGGUGUAUCGUGUCCCGACGUUCUCCUCCCACCCCCUGCUCUACCUCGAAAUGCUUACAAUGCCAAUCAACAAGUACAUCCGCGACAUCAUCAGUGCCGCGCUUCAGAUCAGGAAGACUGAGUUUGGCUACUUCACCCUCCAAGCUACUAAGCCGCAGACGUUGGCCUACAGCCUCUCUGAUUCUCCGGUCGGUCUCUUGGCAUGGAUUUACGAGAAACUAGUGAAGGCGUCGGACAGUUACCCGUGGACAGACGACGAAGUUCUUGAGUGGAUCUCCGUCUACUGGUUCUCCCGAGCCGGGCCCGCAGCAUGCACUCGCAUCUACUACGAGCUCACGCAUGGGAACACUACCGACAUGUUUGUGGGCACGAAGUGGACGUCUGUCCCGCUGGGUGUCUCGCAUUUCCCGAGGGAACCCAUCCGCUUACCCGAACAGUGGGCGCACACGAUUGGAAAGGUAGUGCACCAGUCGAGACAUGAUCGAGGUGGACAUUUCGCGGCUUUCGAGCAGCCGGAGGCCCUAGUCGGGGACUUACGAAGCAUGUUCAGGAGGGGAGGCCCUGCGUAUGGUGUAGUUCCCGGCAAGGAUGGAUAUUGAGGUAGCCCCAAUCAACCUCCGUCAGUAAUUGUGAACGGUAUCGCGCCAUUUUGUAUAGAGUUCCAGCGUCACCUCAGUUGUACUAUGGUUGGACAUUGCCUCCGGC